UCAUGUGUGCUAACGUUUGUAAACUGACAUUCUAUUGUUGCUGUGUUGUUUCCUCAUACAUUUGUAAUCGUUAUUUUAAGCAUGUAUGUUAACGUUUCGGUUGCGCUAAGAGCUCGAUCGGCCCCUUUGAUGUGUUGGCAACAAAUGACUUCAUCCUGUGUGUACACUGUUAUGCAGGGUCAUUCUGAGGCCACGUGUCUGUGCACAACAACAACCGUUCCAAGGGGAAACGGCAAUUAGCCGGAAACAGUAUCCAUCAACAACUAAAAUAGUACCAUUCUUGUUAAAUGUGGGGAAUUUUUGGUUCCUUAUGCCAUUUAUUGUAGUAUAAUUAUAUUUCAUUUUCCAUGAGGGUCUAGUAUUUUUUGUUUGAAUAUGCAUCUUUUUUGUGUAAGAAGUUUUGGAGAGUGGGGUGAGGCGGAGUGAUUUUGAAUAUGUAAUGAGGGGAGAUUCUUCCCGCCGUCUGCCGUUGUUUACCAUCGCCCAUUCAAACACAAGCCGUUGUGUUUGGGUGUGUUUACCUCAGAACCUGCCAUCUUUCUAGUGCAAUAUUUUCGUUAAUUUUCAUACUUCCCGGUUCAGCAUGCCGUCAAAAGAAGAGCUGUUGGCUAUGGAGCCUACCACCGGAGAGCUGGACGAUUUGGUGCGGCGAAUCGGGGACAGUCUGCGGCUGAAGGCGGCGCACAAGCAGCGAGUUGGUCGGGAGCAGCGCAUGGCGGCCACCCAACGAGCCUCACCCUACGCGCUACCUCUCGCCAACAAAUCUGGCGCUGUGUGCAAAAAAUCACCGCCUAGGAACGCCAGGAGGCUUCUCCAAAGAAGAUGUGACUCAGACGACCCUUAUGCCAUGCUACAGGAGCUUCUGCGGAGUGGAAAUUUGAUCAAAGAAGCGGUGAAGAGACUGGGAAGCCGGGGCGAGACGGGCCGUACUCGCGAGGCGAGAUUUGACUCCAACUGUGACUCGCCUGUCUCCGAGCUGUCAGAAAUGUCGUCCGAUUCGUCCGACAGAUCCGACAGCAGAUAGCGAGGUAGAGUUAAAACCGCUGCCAAGCCAUCUUCUGAAGAAAUAUUGUUGCCUUCUCAACUACAGUUUGUUACCGUUCUACCAAACAAGAGAGCUGUGUACAGUCCACGUCGACCACGAGACAUGUGAUUCGUAAACAAACAUUACCGAGAAGCGGUUACCGUUGUUUCCGGGCUGACCAGAAAAAAUCGAACCAUCCAGAACAAUUCUCACCUACUGGACGUUUUUGUCAUUGCCCACACAGAAUGUGCAGGGUUUUUGUCAGAAGAAAUGGACCAGGUUAUGCCCCAACGAUUGUUUCAAACAAGCCACGAGUGUGGUUGAACAUGUCUACAUAUGGUCUUCUGUCUUCUAACGUUAAUAACAUUCUGGAUCGAACUAUCGGCUCAAAACAACGGACUACAUCAGAGGUGAAACGGAUAAUUUGAAAACGCACAAGAUCAACUCAAAAAUGGAGGAACUGGGAAAACACUAGCGGCCUGUGGAGCGAACAUUCCAACAGACGGAUGCGAAAAACAACUUGUGGCUCUUUGUGUGUGGAUGGCAACAUCUGACGCGAGACCCGCUUUGUUCCCCCUGUCCCAUCGAUUCGUCACACAGAAGAAGAAGAAAAAAACUGCAAAAAAAUAUUGUGUAAAUUCUGUGUUAAAUAGUUUGUUUAGUUACUGUCUAGCCAUCUGUGUACAAUCUCAGGACUUUUCUUGGGUGUCUUCCAAAAAGAACUCCAGACGAAAACAUGUUUACCUUCUAGCGUGUUAUGACGGCUGGGGUUCAGGGACAUAUUUGCAUAUCAAUUGCCAGGGGGUUAGAUUGCAACAACAAAGGAUUUUUCAUUGAGUAGUAACAUAAAUGACUUGUUUUCUCGCCAAGUAAACCUUUGUUAUUUCCCCAAAUUCAUUGGAAACACGAUUUUGAUGGUAUUUCAUUACCUUUCUAAUUGGCCAAGUAAACCAUCACCCAUUGCAUUAAAUUUAGACAAGAUUUCUCCACUUUGAAGAUUAUGUUGCGACUUGAUUGUUUUUGACUUAUUUGUUUUUUGGAGAAAGAAAACUUUGUUGGGAACAAUGUUGUAAGUUUCUGAUAACAUUAGUAUUAGCAAAACUAUGCACAAGAAGGGAAUGAAGUCGAUUCAAAUGUCUACUGGAAUAUGAACUUUAUAGCCUCUUCCUAAACUUUGUCAAUAUGUUUCCUUGUUGAGUUUUCCUUUCAUGAAAUCAGAAAUUAUCUGUUCUUGUUGAUGCAACUUGUACAUUGAUACAGAUAUUUAUAUGAAAAAGGAAAAAAAAACUUGAUUCAUGCUUUAUAAAGCAAAGUAUUUUGUUUUGUUUUAAAGUGAAAACCAAGACAGCCCCACUGGAAGUUGUAAUACAAGGUUGAGGAAUUAAUUGUGCCAUAGACAUUUUUGACUUGCAGUCAGUUGCAGAGUUAAAAUGAUGUUAUUGUUAAGUUGUGAUGACUCCCAAAGAAAACAACACUUGUUUAGUUGACACUUCAACAAUUCCAUGACCAGUAUUCAAUCAAAUGUCGUUUUUUAUUAUGAAUAAAAAAAGUGCAAAUAUGA